AUUAAUUCCAGAUGUGCGUUUUGAUUAGAAAUUGUUGCUAUAUCAUUGGAAUUCAAAUAAUUUUUUACUACUAUAAAACACAGGUAAUGAAAAAUAUCGACGUAGUCUUCACUAAGCAGAUUACAUUUACUGGAUUUGGAAGACAUCAUUUUUCAGGUACUUAAAAGAAAAACAAUGGUAUGGAUCCUGAUGCUUUUUCAUAUGCUAAUAAAAUACGUUUCCUCCACUUGUGACGUCACUGCUCAGGAAAUCCAAGCUGACUCCAGCUUGCGUUUUCUCACUUCCACGGGGUACAACGAAGGGAGCGGAUCAUACAUUAAUAACAUGGAUUGUUGGUGGCGGAUUGACUCGGGAGGGGAUGAUCUCAAGCUUUUGUUAUUUCUGACUCGAGACCUUGCGUGCCCCGGGGAUAAAAUUUCCAUUUAUGACGGAGACAGUUCCACGGCCACGCCCCUCGUCAGCGACCUGUGCGGUACAUCAGCCACGCCCACUCACUACUCCACCACCCAGCGCCACGCCUACAUCCGUCUGGUGACGGACGCCAGUGUCAGUAGGGCGGGGAUCAAGCUGGAGUUCCUGGCUGCCAAGGACUACUCAGGAACAGGUUGUACAGCAUCACAGACGUUGAUUGCGGGAGACAACUCCAAUCUUCUUUCAAGUCCGAACUUUCCAGGCCUCUACACAAAUGCCAAAACAUGCCGAUGGCUGAUUACAAGCCCCGUUGGAAAUGUUGACCUUGACAUCGUGUUUUCUGACAUUGAAGAUGACCUUCCCAGUCGGUGUGACUAUGACAAGUACACCAUUAACGACGGUAAUGACCGCUGUGAAAACAACGUGGUAAGGACCGUGUGCUCUCAGUACCCAAAGGUCACGCCAUUCACAUUUACUUCUUCCGGGUCAUCCGUUGUGGUGUUUUUUGUCAGUGAUAGCAGCGUCAAUCGAAGGGGGUUUCUUCUGAAGUACAAAUCGAACGCGACCUAUACAACAACGACUGUUACCCAGACAACAGAAUCAAGUUCAUCCCAGACUACGUCCUCAAGCGUGGAAAAAAGUAACAAAGAUCCGAACACUUGCAUGGAUGCCAGGAUGGUGAUCGGCAUUGUUUUCGGGUCCCUGGUUGUGGUGAUAUUUUCUGUUAUCGUUGUUGUAUUUAUGAUAUUACGCUUUCAUAAUUUGCAGAAGACAAUUAAGCCAAAAGAUUGAAAUAUUCGUCAUUUAUCUUUGAUCUAUGACUUUGUUAGACUUUAAAAAUUAGUUAAGUCAUACCAUUUGAUUUGAAAGUUUUGAUUAAAAUAAAACAAAUUAUUUUA